UUACUACGUUCAUAUAAAGAUGAAAAGGAAGAGUUAGUAUGCUAUUAUUUGAAACUUUUAAAUCUUGAAUCUACCAGUCUCGAGCAUAUGGCUCAUAAUGAAGAUUUGAGUUUAUUUGAUCUUUAUUUGCAAGCC